UGGAAUCAUCCGAGACUCCCGAAAACUCUGAUUCCUCAACUGUAUCAGGUUCUCAUCCAUCCUGACUUCAAAAAAUUUAAUUUCUCUGGGUGGUCUUGCGUUGAAGUGGGGGUGAACGUCAGUACUGACUUCAUUGUUAUCAACAUCAAAGAACUUCAGGUGUCGAGUGUUGUCAUAGAAGUGAAGGAGUACACAAUCGUGGAAGCAUUGGAACAAAUGCACAUUCAACUGAAAUCCUUCGUAAUAAAGGGUGACAUGUUGUUCAUCAAUGUAUCGUUCCAGGGAAAUCUUGCAUUGAAACUGGCUGGAUUUUUCCUGAACUACUAUAUAAAUAACGCCGGUGAAAUAAGGUUACAAUUGGCAGCCACUCAGUUCCAACCGAUGUUUGCCAGGAGAGCCUUCCCCUGCUUCGACGAGCCAGACAUGAAGGCACGUUUCAAGUUCAGCAUCGUUAGGCCGAAUGAUUACAUCUCACUGUUCAACACUGAGAAGGUCCCUCGGGCAGUUUCUGCCAACGAAACCAUGGACAUCUUCAAGACAACCGUCAAGAUGAGUACGUACCUGGUUGCAUUCGUUGUUUGUGACUACGUGUCGAAAUUUCAAAUCAGCAGCAGUGGAGUCAAUGUUUCCGUGUACUCUCCAAAAGAAAUCACCAACCAAAUAAUUUUUUCUCUCAACACCGCCACUGAACUGCUCAACUUUUUUGAAGAUUAUUUUCAAAUCAAGUAUCCCCUUAAAAAAAUCGACCAUGUAAUUGUUCCCACUAUGAGUGAGGUGGCAAUGGAGAACUGGGGACUCAUAUUCUACGGACCGAAACACCUCUUCUACAAUGAGAGCAUCAACACCGAACAUGACAAACUGUUUACAGUUUUUUUCCUAGCACACGAGUUGGCACAUCAGUGGUUUGGCAAUCUUGUGACCAUGGAAUGGUGGGAUGAUCUAUGGCUGAAUGAAAGAUUUGCCACAUUUUUUCAAUAUGUUGGCGCCAAACACAUCUUUCCAGACUGGCCUCUAAAAGAAAAGUUCACCCUGAAACUGAUGGAGCCAGCCAUGGCGUCUGAUUCGCUGGAAAGCAGUAGUUCAUUAUCUGGUCCCAAACCAACGCUUGACUCUUCAAAUGUGGGGAUGCUAUUCAAUCAAAUAACCUACAGCAAGGGAGCUUCGGUUAUUUUCAUGUUGGAAAAUGUAGUAGGAUCCAAAAUUUUCAGGAAGGCUCUAACAAAUUAUCUAACUAGACAUCAGUUUGACAAUGUCAACCAUAACCAACUCUACGAUUCUUUCACUGAAGAAGUUGCAAGUGCAAAAGACAAAACGCACAUUAACAUAAGAAAAAUGAUGGAAAGUUGGACGCUGCAAGCAGGCCUGCCAGUGGUCAGCAUCAUCAGAGAUGGACGUAAUGUCACCUGCCACCAAGAAAGAUUCGUG